CGCAUCCUCUCGACAGUUUUUCGUCCAUCUCUCCUUGUGAGGGGACAAUGACAGACCAGCGCCCCACAUCAGCUCCGACAUCUUUCGAUGAAGUUCCUGAGACGGAAGACGGAAAGCCCUCGCUAUUCAGAAAUAUAUCUAACAAGGCGUCUCUAUAUCAUGCACGCGUUCCCUAUCUCAGCAGACUCCCCUUCUCUGCAGUGACCAUAAUUGUAAUCCUUAUAGGGAUGAACCUCCUUGUAUGGGCAGCUGUAGGAAUAGUUCUCCACUACCACACUCCCCUAAUCUCAACGGCAAUCCUUUCUUAUACCCUCGGUCUCCGCCACGCCCUUGACGCUGACCACAUCUCCGCCAUCGAUCUCAUGACAAGGCGCCUCACUGCUGCCGGCCAACGUCCCGUCACAGUCGGCAUGUUCUUUUCCCUCGGCCACUCAACAAUUGUCAUCAUCACCUCGCUCGUAGUCGCCGGCACCGCCUCCGCCAUCUCCUCCAAAUUCGACAACUUUUCGCAUAUAGGUGGCAUCAUUGGAACAUCUGUGUCCGCCGCGUUCCUACUUCUCUUAGGCAUUAUGAACCUGUAUAUUCUAUUCAAGUUAGUUGUGCAGAUGAAAAAGUUAAUUGCCUCAGAGCACGGGUUAGAGAACGAGCAAUUUAAGGUCCAAGGAGGGGGCUGCCUAUUCCACGUCUUUCAAAAAAUGUUCAAACUAAUCGAUAAACCGUGGAAAAUGUAUCCGCUAGGCGUUCUCUUCGGCCUCGGCUUCGACACAUCUUCCGAAGUCGCCAUUCUCGGGAUCUCGAGUAUUCAGGCGGCGAAGGGUACAUCGAUAUGGCUGAUCUUACUAUUUCCAUUGUUGUUUACGGCGGGGAUGUGUUUGCUGGAUACGAUGGAUGGUGCUUUGAUGAUGAGUUUAUAUACGAGUACACAGUUGGCGAGAGAUCCGAUUGCGAUUUGCUAUUAUAGUAUUGUGUUGACGGUUGUUACUGUGAUUGUGGCGGUUAUUAUUGGAGUUGUGCAGUUUCUGAAUCUGGCUCUCAAUGUGGCAGGGCCAAAGGGGAGGUUCUGGGAUGGGGUAGAGCGGCUGGGGGAGAGGUGGGAUAUUGUCGGUGGCGCUAUCUGCGGGACAUUUGUGGUAUUUGGCGGACUCAGUGUGUUGCUGUAUAAACCGUGGAGAAGACGAGUCGACAGGAAGAGGGCUCGGAGAGCACAUUUCUUGCCGUUACCGCAGACUCUGGACAUUGACUCCGAAGGGGCUCGAACAGCCGAGCGAGGAGAGGAGCGAACCCAGGUCAGUGUUGAGGCUAUUCGCCUUGGCAGCGAGGCGGGAACUGGUGCAAGUAGGAGAUUGGAUAAUCCCGAGGAUAAGAUCCUGCCUGAAGGGAGUCGCUAG